GGAGGGCAGCAGAACAAUGUCCACGCUGCUGCUGCUGCACCAGAAAGAAGAAGCAGCAGCAGCUAGCAGCGCUCGGGUCGCGACCGUCACAAACGAGACGCGUUCAGGCGAUUAGAAGUGACGCUCCACCUUGCAAUGUUUACACCGCCAGCCUCCACUUUCUCAUUAGACGCGCGGCAGCUGCAAUGAAGGUGUCGUUUUCUUUCCGUAACCUCCGUUAGCUCGAGCAGCUUCAUGUCGCGUUACGGGGCCCGUGCUCGGUAGCUAAACACUGUCACGUAACCUCGACUUCAUUGUAACUUUAAGCUUGAAAUUAAUCGGUGUUUUGACAGUUCUAGCCGUCUGCUCUUCCUGUCUGCAUGGCAGGGGCCUCGUCCAUGUGGGCUUCAUGCUGUGGUCUGCUGAAUGAAGUCAUGGGUACUGGGGCCGUCAGAGGCCAGCAGCCAGGGUUUGGGGCCGGUGCUGGACCCUUCAGAUUUGCUCCCAGUGCGGGGUACUCUACAUACCCGCCCACCAGCUCAGGGACCCCCAGUCUUGUAUGCAAGGGCUGUGGUCAUACCUUCUCCGUAUUUAAGAGGAAGUAUAUUUGCUGCGACUGCAAGAAGAGCUUCUGCUCUCUGUGCUCUGUGCUUCAGGAGAAUCGGCGCAUUUGUGCCACAUGCCAUUUGCUGAAAGCAACAGCCUUUCAGCGGCCGCGGCUCAUGCGCCUACGAGUCAGGGACCUGCGUCAGUACUUGCUGCUUCGUAACAUCCCAACCGAUACCUGCAGGGAAAAAGAAGACCUGGUGAACUUGGUGCUCUGUCACCAAGGCAUAGAGGAAGAGGAGGAACCUGACAUGAGCAGCCUCCACUCGCGCUCCCUGUAUACGCCGACUCCUUCUACCACACAGUCGGCCUCAGAGCUGUCUGCAUUCGUCACCUCCCAGGAGGAGCAGCAGCUCAGCAGGAGUGAUAGCUCCGAUACAAGCUUCAGGGAUGUAGGUGAUGCCACUUCUGUGUCUCUCCUCAACUUGGACGCGAGUGAACACACCACUGAGGUCAGUCCUCAGACACGACGUCGGGCCAGAGCGUCUCUCUCAGACCUUUCCAGUUUGGGGGACAUCGAGGGCCUUUCUGUCAGGCAGCUGAAGGAGAUCCUCGCCAGGAACUUCGUAAACUAUUCAGGGUGCUGCGAGAAGUGGGAGCUGGUGGAGCGUGUCAACAGACUGUACAGAGAGACGGAGGAGAACAGGAAAUCAUUGGAAAAUGUGAGCACUACUGUAACCACAGACGGUAAAAAGGGUCCGCUGACGGUCCAAGAGGACAACCUCUGCAGGAUCUGCAUGGACUCGAUGAUCGACUGCGUCCUCCUGGAGUGUGGUCACAUGGUCACCUGCACCAAGUGCGGCAAAAGGAUGAACGAGUGCCCGAUCUGCAGGCAGUACGUUGUGAGGGCCGUGCACGUCUUCAAGUCCUAAUGCAUCACUGCAAUGAAGCUCCGACUGAAACAGCACCUUACAUCAACCAUGCAGCUCAUAACCUUUGGAUCCCCAAAAGGGCUUAUUUUGUGGACGCUCUAUGUUUGUAUUCCCAACAACUCUCACAUUAUUUGCACAUUGAAAUAUUCUGACAAAUGUGUUUUUCUGAAGAAAUUGUCUUCGGUUUCAUCAGUGGACAGAGCGGAGGAGCCUAUAGGUCAACUCUCAAGUAAACAUAUCUCUGAUCUGUUCAUCUGUUUUUACUUUUCUUGCAUAUUUUUCAAAGCAAAGAAUGUGUGGCACUCAGCCUGUACAGUCUUUUUAAACACAACUCGUCACCCUCAGAUCUGCCUAUAAACUGUAGCUUCAGAGCAUCUCUCUUUACAACCGUCACUGCGAGUGACUACAUGACAUAUCUUAGUAAACCUCAACAACAAGGUGCCAAAUAAUGGAUCAUCAUGCUCUUUUGCUUCUACCCCCCCGCCCCCCAGCAGAAAGCUCCUUGUUCACACUGUGUUCAUGCACCACUGCUGAGGGAGAACAUAAUGUACUUAUUCUUGAAUGCUCUGAAUAGUCAGUGGAAAAAGUGAAUAAGUAAUCACUGAGCUUGUUUUCUUUUUCAAGUUAAACUUGCCCACAAAUGAGCAGGUGCUUUGCCUUUGCUACUCAAGGAUAUUGCUGAUUUAUGAAGUCAAUGAGUUAUUAAUUAUAUUCACUUAUUUGUUAUACAAGCGCAUAUUGUCAUGCAUUGCACAUUACAAUGGUCAUUCAAAGUUUUGUCAUAGCAAUAGCUAACCUCCACUCUCACUUCAGUUGAGACAAAAGACAAACGGUGCUAACUCAUCCAACCAUCUUCUGUGUUUUCCAGCUGAACUGUGGAUGUGAAACUCUGAAUGUUUAUUUUAUUUAUUUUAGUUGUAUAUUGUUGGGAUUGAAAUGAAGUGACUUCAUGCUU